UAAAGGCGAUUACUGUGCAUGUCAAAAGUUCAGGAUAUGACUAUUAUGAAGGUAUUAUUGAUCACUUUGGUGGUAUGAAUCUAAGUUUCAAUAGCACUGUAUGUAGACAACUUUUGUAAGACAUAAGAAAAGUGUUAUCGUCUCUGUCUGUUAUUUAGUGUUUAAUUGAUCAAAGAAAAAAUGAAGGAAAAGUUGAGAAUAUUUAGGCUUUUGCUCUACAAGAACUUUCUUAUUAGAAAGAGGCAUUGGAAGAUGGGAUUAUUUGUUGAAAUUUUAAUACCCUUCUUAUUGUUUAUUCUCAUUCAAGCAUGUAGAGAUUUUUCUGCAAAUCUACCAGAAAAAUAUGAAAACAAUACUUAUUAUGAUAUUAAGACCAAAGCCGAAUUAAUAACAAAGGUUAAUUAUAUGAACAUUAUAUAUUUUGUGCCUGAAAAUAGAUUUACAAGAACACUUAUGGAAAAAACAAGGGGUUGUCUCAAAUUUCCCAAUGAUAAAAUAACUGGAUUUUAUUCAAAAGAGGAAAUGCUUAAAAUGUAUGCAUUGUAUCAAAGUCAAUCUCCAAUAAAUAAUAUUAUAGCUGUAGUAUUUGAUGACAAGUAUAUCAAUGUUUCAACAAAACAUUUAGAAUAUACAAUACGAACUUCCUAUGCAAUCCCAAAUGUUUUAUAUAAAAUAGAAAAUCAAGGGCCAAUAAAAAUAGCGUUGGAGCAUGCUUUCAUUGAUGUGAUACCAUUUAUACAACUACAGUUGUGCCUAGAUGAAUCAUUUAUAAAAAUGAAAGCUCCAAAUGCAGCCUUUAAAUCAAAAAUAUCGAUACAGAAGAUGCCAUAUCCACCUUACAUAAAAUUGAAUGAAAAUGAUAUGAUAUCAAGGAUACUGUUUUGUGGAUUUGCUGUUAUUGCUUUUUUAAUUCCAUUAUGUGUAGAAGCAACUUAUGCAGCAGAUGAAAAAUUUAUUGGAAUCAAUGUUCUAAUGGCAAUGAAUGGUGUCCCAACUUAUUUAAAUUUGCUGAGUUGGCUAGUCAGUGGCUUAAUUUUCAGCAUAUCUUAUAUAUCUGCUCUUAUAAUUUUAUUUAACUUUGCUUUUACUAAUAAUGUCCAUCCUUAUUUAUACUAUGGAAAUAGUUUUAUUUUUUGGAUAGUCCUCAUUUUUCACGUUGGACAUUUAAUAACAUUUGGCAUGCAUAUUUCAGCUUAUUUUUCGAAACCUUUAUUCAUGAUAUCUGGAAUUUUGGCACUUUAUGGUGGCUCUAGUAUGAUGCAAAAGUACAGUAUUAAAGGAGAUUUUUAUUCAGUAGUACCUUAUCUGGGAAUAUUUUUUCCUAAUAUUUUACUAUUUCGAGCAUUCCAAGAAGUAAAUAAUUAUGAAACCAUGUUAAGAGGAAUUCAAUGGGAUAAUUUAUUUUUGGUCGCGGAUCCAAUGUAUAAAACUGCAGGAAGUUUGGGAAUGAUAAUGGUUUUUUCAAUAAUUGGAAUGAUGUAUCAUUUUGUCAUGACAAUUUACAUUCAUACUGUACGUCCCGGAAAAUAUGGCGUUAAAAAACAUCCAUUAUACUUUUUCAAGUUUGGAAAGGGUCAAAAUAGAGUAACUUCUGAUGAUGAAACUGAAGAUUAUGAAUUUGUCAAUGUAGAUGGAAAACCAUUUGAAACUGUAUCAAAAAAUUCUUAUACACCUGGUAUUCAAAUACGAAAUUUAAAAAAAGAUUAUUCCACACACUUAUUUAGUAAAUCGAAAGUACAAGCUCUCAGAGGUGUAUCCGUUGAUUUUUAUAAAGGACAAAUUACUGCCCUACUUGGGCAUAAUGGAGCUGGAAAAACUACAAUGAUGUCCAUUUUGACAGGUAUGAUUAGUCCUACAGUUGGCACAGUACUUAUAAAUGGAAAGAAUGUAAAAGAGGAGUCAAAUGUAAUAAUAAAUGACUUGGGUUUUUGCCCUCAAGAAAAUAUGUUAUUUCCAAAUCUCUCGGUUACUGAACAAAUCGAGUUUUUUGGCAUGUUAAAAGGAAAAAAUGAAGAAAAAGUAAUAAUUAAGAAAAAUGUAAAUGCUCUACUUGUAAAACUCAAAUUAUUUGAUAAAAGGAAUGCUUUGCCUAAACAAUUAUCUGGUGGCCAAAAAAGACGAUUAUGUCUUGCAAUGGCAGUUAUUGGAGAUUCAAGUACCUUAAUACUGGAUGAACCAACAUCUGGCAUGGAUCCAGAGAGUAAACGUGAUACUUGGGACAUUAUAUUAAAAAUGAGGGGACAAAAAACAAUUUUAAUUAGUACACACGAUAUGGAAGAAGCCGAUAUCCUUGGAGAUAGAAUUGCGAUAAUGCAUAUGGGUCAUUUAAAGAGCUAUGGAACAUCUAUGUUUUUAAAAAAAUUAUUAGGUCAAGGAAAUAUAGAAAUAACAUUAUCUACUGAACCAUGGUGUGAAUCACAGAAAGUGUGUAAAGAGUUAGAUGCAAGAGGUCAAAUUGUUAAUAUUGAUGGUGGAAAGAUAGUCUUAAGCAUUCCGUAUUCCCACGAGUUACCAGAUUCUUUGGAUAAAAUGGAAUUAAAGAAAAAGGAAUUUGGCGUUACAGGAAUGAGCGUUUCUUUAAUUACGUUAGAGCAAGUGUUUUUAAAGGUUACUCGAGAUAAUGAUGAUGUCACAGAUUCUUGUCAGCCAUUUAUAGAUGCUACUCAAAAAUUAAAAGGACACGCUCUUUUUGUUCAAUCUUUACUUGCAUUAUUAAAAAAAAAAGUUACAUAUUCUAUUAAAAAUAAGGCAACAAUUAGUAUUAUAAUUUUACUGCCUAUAAUUUGCAUUAUGUUUAUGACUAUGGACUAUAAUAUGUCUAGUGAUACUACACCUUUAAUAUCAAUGCGACUAAACAUGUACAGUAAACCACAAACUUACUAUAAGAGCAACAACAAAUUAUUUGGACAAAAAUAUAAAAUGGCUACAGAAGAAUAUAAUGGCAUAGCAACUGAAACUCUAAAUUAUCCUAGUAUCACCGAUGCGAUGCUGGAUCUGGGGCAUCAAGACAUAGCAUCAUACAGCAGUAGUUUAAUCGCUGCAGCUGAAUUCAAUGAAACUGGUAACGAUACUUUGGCGAAUGCUUUCUAUUCAGAUAACGCUAUGUUCAGCAUUCCUAUAUCCAUUAAUCUUCUGUCAAAUGCAAUCAUCAAGACCCUGGCUGGAGACGAUCACUCCAUUAGUAUAUUCAGUCAUCAGCUACCAAACUCUUUGCAAUCUAAUUUCAUACCCGACGAAACUGUGUAUGGAACCGUACUUCUAUUUGUCUUCUUCUUAUUUCCGGCAAUCGCUCUCUUCAUCAUUCAUCCUCUUAGGGAAUCAGUCACGAAUGUCAAACAAUUACAAAGGAUGGCUGGAGUUUCUUGCUUUACUUACUGGGGCACGAUGUUUAUAUUUGAUUUUCUUGUUUUUCUAAUACUAAUUAUCUUUGUUGUUGUUGGAUUCUUAUGUAUGGAUAAUGCCAUUGAUCUUCGAAUGUAUGAAGAGACAGAAAUUGGCAUAACAAUACUCAUAUUAGUUUUAUUUGCAAUCAAUGUUUUGCCAUUGAUUUAUAUAUUUAGUUUCUUGAAAAAAUCUACAAGCACUGUUAUAACAUUACUCAGUCUUAUACCAUUUGGCCUCGUUUCCUUGGAACUUAUAAUGCACGUUAUCGCCCUAAGUUUAAGUCACUUAAAGACUGCAAGAGUAUUACGAUCAAUUCAAAAGAAGCUAUUUCUUUUAAUACCAUAUUUAAGUUUCUUUCAUGGUGAACUUUCCUUUUUUACCACUGCCACUCAAAAUGCUAGAUGUCGAAGGCUACCAAAUGUACUUCAUGAUGUUGCGUGUCUUAUGAAAGAUACCUGUUGUGAUCUUGAAUGCUUUGAUGGAAAAUGUAAAAAAAGUUUAAGUUAUUUCAAUAAUUUCAAAGAUGACAUGUCGUUAGAAGAAAGUAUAACAUACAUGUGCUUCACACCAAUACUUUAUUUUGGAAUUCUUGCUUUGUUAGAAUAUAAAUUUAUACCUCUAAUGCUUGCAAAGAUGCGCAAUGGCAAGUAUGAAAUUUUAGAUGAUCCAUAUGACGAACAAGUAAAAAAAGAGAAACAUUCGGUUUCUUUCGAAAUAACUAAAGCCAGAAAUCAUUAUACAAAGAAAACGAACAAAAAAGCCGUAAAAAAUAAAAAAGCAGAAUCUAAUGGUAAUGCGACGAGUGAAGAGAGUAACGCCCUUUCCAACAAUGACACCUCCAACAACUACCUAUUUCUGGUUUAUCAGCUAAGCAAGCGCUAUGGAAAAUUCUUGGCGGUUGAAGAGGUCAGCUUCGGAGUUAAACAGCAUGAAUGUUUUGGUUUACUUGGAGUCAAUGGGGCUGGCAAGAGUACAACCUUUAAAAUAAUGACUGGACAAUCGGUACCUAAUAGCGGUGUUAUGUAUUUAGGCAAUAAGGACUAUAAAAGCAACGAGAAAUACUAUCUCUCACAGAUGGGAUAUUGUCCACAAAAUGAUGCUUUAAUAAGAUGUUUGAACGCUACCGAUCAUUUGACAUUAUUCGCUCGUUUACGAGGUAUUCCAGAACUGCAGGUUGGUGCAGAAGUAAGAAAAUGGAUCAACAGAUUAAAUUUAAAUGUCUGUGCUUCACAGCCAAGUGGAACAUAUAGUGGAGGAAAUAAGAGAAGACUUAACAUAGCGAUGGCCCUUAUUGGAAGUCCCAAUUUGAUUCUACUUGACGAACCCACAACAGGUGUUGAUCCAGCUGCUAGAAGAUCAUUAUGGAAUGUUAUCGAUUUCUGCAAAACAACUGGACAGGCCAUUAUUUUAACAUCACAUAGUAUGGAAGAAUGUGAGGCUCUUUGUAAUAGAUUAGUUAUUAUGGUGGAUGGACAAUUGGUGUGCAUUGGUCCAUGUCAAGAACUGAAACAGCGUUUUGGCGCAGGAUACGAUAUUCAAAUGAAAUUGAAUCCCGAGAAAUCGAACAGCGAAAUAGAAAAUAUUAAGAAGGAUAUACAAGAAGCAUUAAAUUGCGAACUCGUAGAUGAAAAUUCAGGAUUUCUUAUGUAUCAUGUUGUGACUUCUCAAACUACAUGGAGGAAAAUGUAUAACGUUAUGAACGAAUUAAAGAGUAAAUAUAACUCUAUCGACGAUUUUUCUAUUCUAUCGUCUACCCUUGAGCAGCUGUUUCUACUGUUUGCCAGGGCAGCUAAGCGAUCCAAUCAUAAGGGAUAGAAAUAAAAUAUAAAACGAAAAUAAUCAAAUCUGACAACAAUAUUACUAACAACUAAAGUCUCAAAGACAGAACACAUUUUUACAUGCGAUAUUUAAAAAUAUUGUUCAAAUCUAUGUAAAUCAGGUAAAAAGAUUAUAAUUUC